CAUACAUCGCUCUCACCAACCACAUAUCACCAGUUAUGCAGCCUAUCAUCCUCUACUCCCAUCACGCUGGUCCAAACCCAAAGAAGGUCCGCAUGAUCCUGGAAGAGCUCUCCAUCCAGUAUGCAGCCAAGGUUCUUGAAUUCUCGGAAAUGAAGAACCCCCCCUUUCUCUCUAUCAACCCGAACGGCCGAGUCCCCGCCAUCGUUGACCCUAACACGAACACCACCAUAUGGGAGUCUGGCGCAAUUAUCGAAUAUCUAGUUGACACAUACGAUAAGGAUCGAAAAAUCAGCUUCACCCCCUUUUCACCAGAAUACUAUCAAGCAAAGCAGUGGCUGCAUUUUCAGAUGUCCGGACAAGGCCCUUAUUUUGGUCAAGCGGUGUGGUUCAAAGUCCACCACCCGGAGUUCAUUCAGAGCUGCUAUGACCGUUAUGUCAACGAGAUUCGCAGAGUCGCGGGUGUUAUGGACAGUGUGCUGGAGAAGCAGGCAUAUCUUGUUGGAGAAAAGUGCAGCUAUGCAGAUAUCUCCUUUGUGAUUUGGUUUCAAUUUGUGCCUUGGAUUACGGAUAACAAAAUAGAUUUGGAGCGGGAAUAUCCUUACCUGAAUACCUGGUUGACCUUGAUGGAGGCUCGUCCUGCAGUUAGAGUCGUGUUGGGUGGUGAAAAAGUGCUGCCGGAGCCUGCUAGAAAGCGGUAGGUUUUCAUUAAUAAAGCUCAUUCCAUAGUAUCAAUUUCCAUCGAAACCAACAUAUUUCUCCUUGAUGUGUCGGUUUCCUCUUCAAUAUAUCUUUGCGAUCAGCACAGCUCGUGC